ACUUUCUUUCGCUCUGCAUUUCCUCUGAACAAAUCUCUCAUUUCUUAUCCCUCUAAACUUGUAUCCUGUUUGUGUUUGAGAAGGCCGCAAUGAAGAUCCUGUCGCUCCUCGUCGCGACGUUGCUCGCCACUGCGACAAUUGCCAAGCCAACAAAAAUGAAACUGAAAAAACUCCCACAUACGAAAAAGAGCCUUCUUGCACAUUACACGCAAGCCCAUCUUCUCAAGCAGAAGGUUUUGAUGACACAAUCCGAUGAUGGGCAGCUUUCUAUUACUAGUGACAAGGGCCACGCUGAGCAUGGCGUGCCUCUCACCAACUUUAUGAAUGCUCAAUACUAUGGAGAGAUUACCCUCGGAACACCACCUCAAACGUUUAGUGUUGUCCUGGAUACGGGGUCCUCCAAUCUCUGGGUUCCCUCUACUCAUUGUUCUUCUAUCGCCUGUUGGCUACACCGGCGAUUCGAUUCUUCCAAGUCCAGUACUUUCAAACCUAACGGAACCGAGUUUGCAAUCCAAUAUGGCUCGGGCUCACUUGAAGGAAUCAUCAGUAACGAUGUCCUCGGAGUUGCCGAUCUGCUCGUCAAAGAUAUCGACUUUGGAGAGUCCGUUAAAGAGCCGGGAAUUACUUUUGCUGUUGGACGAUUCGACGGGAUAUUUGGGUUGGCAUAUGACAACAUUGCCGUGAAGCGCGUUGUUCCUCCAUUUUACCAGAUGAUUCAGCAAGGUCUCCUUGAUGAGCCCGUCUUUGGUGCUUGGUUUGGUGAUCAAUCAAAUGGAGGUGAAGGAGGAGAGAUUACUUUUGGAGGUAUUGACAAAGACCACUAUAAGGGAGAAAUAACGUGGGCCCCUGUCAUCCGAAAGGGGUACUGGGAGGUGGAGCUGCAAAACGCAACGCUCGGCGGCCAAGAUAUCGGCGUCCGAACAAAGAGAGCCGCUAUUGAUACCGGUACAUCUCUCUGCGCAUUACCGGUGGAGGAAGCGGAUGCCAUCAACACUCGUAUUGGUGCAAAAAAGAACUUUAACGGGCAAUACGUGGUAGAUUGCGACAAGAUUUCCACAUUGCCAGCAUUGACGCUCAAGUUUGGCGAUAAGGAGUUCACAUUAGAAGGGAAAGAUUAUGUUCUGCAAGUUAGCGGAGGCCCCAUUGGCGGAGGAAACCAAUGCGUGUCGGGCUUUAUGGGCCUUGACAUCCCUGCGCCGGCGGGUCCGCUCUGGAUCGUUGGUGAUGUAUUCCUUCGCAAGUACUACACUGUUUACGACUUGGGCAAGAAUCGUGUUGGCUUUGCGGAUGCCGCUUAGAAUUCUCCUCAUUUUAUGUGAUGUUCUGUGAUAAUACGAUAUUUACUUUCCGCAGAACAUGGGGACCUGUCUAUUUGUACCACCCUCCUCACC